AUGAAUUUUCAUUUCCCUGGGACCUACUCUGAAUUGCGGGAACACCAUUUCUCUGAAAACUAUAGAGUAAAAUCAAAAAAUUAAGUGAACCAAAUGGAUGAAAGACUCAUUCUGAUGCGUAUCAAUUAAUUUGAAGAUGGUUUCAAUCAACUCCUAACAUUAAUUGAAGACCCUUAAUAUUUUGAUUUCCUCUACUAUUUAGUCGAGUAAUCAUAUGAACUAACUCUAGACAUUUAGAUGCACAUCCAAAUCAAAAAGUGUAAUUAUAAUUGGUUGAGAUCCUUUCAUUUCAAAUUCAAAAAUUAUACCCUGAUCAUCUUGAGGCAUUUAAAAUGACUCUCUUCUUAUUACUGAAUGUAUUGCAAUAGAAGCAAAUAUAAGGUUAAUAAGUGAGAAGGGCAUUAAAAAUUUUGUAAUAAUUAUUUAAUUUGAAUGCUUUCCAUGAUCUAGGAAGAGAAGGCAGUAGAUAUAUAUUUGAUCUAGUUAAAAUGGCUAUUGAGAUCAAAGAUACAUAAAUAAGAGAAGUUUGGAUUGAUAUAUUAGUAUAAGCAAUUGCAAUGUGGUCAUCUUAUGAUUUAAAUCUCAAAAAUAGGAUUGUUCAUUUGAUGUAUGAAUAAGAGAGUGUUGUUCCCAACAUCUCUAAAUUUCUAUUAGGAUGCAGCAAGAAUGAUAAAUUGAAAUAAUACACUGUAGAUCAAAUUAUUCUACUUGUCAAUUACAUUACUGAGAAAUCAACUAAUCAAACUGAAAGUUUAGCAGUUAAAAAUCUAAGAGAACUUCUAUCUUAAACAUCUAAAGAAAUGCCAAAGGUUUAUUAUCAAUAACUAUCUGCUUUCAUUGGUUUAUAUGAUAAUGAGAAUUAUCAUAUUAGGAAUGGAUUAUCAGAAUUAAUUACAAAUGUCAUUGAAUAUCUAAUCAAGGAAUCCAAAGAUUAAGAUAGCGAUGAAUUAUAAUUAGCUAAUGCCAAUAACUUAAUUAAAUAACUUUUAGAUAGACAUAUGGAUAAAACAGCCUUAUGUAGAUCAAAUGUACUCUAAUGUUUGUCCUAAUUAUUAAAUUCAAACUGUGUGCCUAAACAACAUUUAUAAACAAUAUUCGCUAUCUCUUCAUCUAGAUUGAGAGAUGUCUCUGGUUAUGUGAGAAAGUCCUCUUUAUAAUUAUUGAAAUCUAUAGUGAGAUAUUAUAGAUUUUUGUAUAUUCAGAGUUAAGGAAGAUAAAAUUUCUGGUCUUUAGUGGAAGUAGAAGAAUAAAUAAGUAGAAAUAGAGAAGAAUUAUAAAGUAUCCAUAAAGAUUUUGAAGAAGUAGAUAAACAAUUUUAAAAUGGAGAAAUCACAUAAGAUAUUGUUAAUGAAACUAUUAAAUAUAUUAAAAAGAAAGCAUAAGAAACUAUAAAGAUUUAAGAAUAUUUAGAAGAAUAUUAAAAGUUUUUGGAAGGAAUGAAAACUGUAAUUAUACAAGUUUUAUAAUUAUGUUAAAGUAAAAAUUAAGCAGAUGUAAUACAUUCUAUCAAACUCUUUUCAUAUUUAUAAAAAUAUAAUUAUGAAUCUGCUAAUUAAGGAUUACGAAGAAUGAUCUUAUUAGUAUGGUCAUAAGAUAAAACUAUAUAAUAAGAAGUAAUCAAAAAAUUUUGGAAAUUAUUUUUAAGAGAUACUAAAAAAACUAGAUAAAUAGUUAUUUCAUUAAUUGAUCUAAUUAGUAAAUCAAAUUUAAAAGAACUUAUUUCAUUAGAAAAAAUUAUAUUAUCUUAUGAAACUGAAUAGGUGCCUAAUUAUAAAUUUCCAUCUAAAAUUUUUCAUACUCUUUGGGAAUACUUUGGUAAUCAAGAAGUUGAUUAACGUUCAAUGUUAAUUUUUGUUAGAAUCUUAUUGACUAGAAAUACUUCAUAUCUUAAUUUAGACAAAGUAGCCUAAAUUUAUAAUCUAUUGUAAAAGUACAGCAAAAAAGAUCCUGAUUGGAUAAUUAUUAAAGAACUUGCUACUAUUUUAUCUAAAUUAGAUAGAACUCAAAAUAAGAAUCAAAUAAAUUUUAAUAAAUCUAUUGAUUUAUUAAUAAUUUUACUCAUUAAAUACUAGAAUUCAUAAGAUAUGAAUUAUUUUUGUGCUUGUGAUUCAAUUAUAUAAUUAGUUCCUAGUGCAGAUAAUCCUGAAUUAAUUUUUGAAACUCUUUUAUAAGAUUUAGGAUUUAAAUCAAAUAAAAUGGAUUUAGAAGCAGAAGAAUAAAAAAAAAUGGAAGAAUUACAUUUAGCUCAUGCAAUUCAUAUAGCAGGUUCAGUAUCAUUAUAAUUACUCAUUUUUAUUGAUGCUACACAUAAUUCGUUGAAGAAUUUGAAAAAUGAUAGGGAAAAACAAAUUGGAAAAGAAUAAGAAAUAGAUAAAAUAUAAGGAGGAAUAGAAGGUGAAUUUGAAAAAUUACAUGGUAUGGUUGAUCAAAUUUAAGAUUUAAAACUAAUUUAAUAGAAUUUAUUAUCUGUUUUUUCUCCAAUGGUAAAAUAAAUAUUGGAAGAAUGUCUAAAUUAAAUGGAAACUGAAGAAACAUCCACUAGAUAAUAACCUCCUAUUAUAUAAGUAAGUUUAAUUGCAAUGUGUAAAUUUAUGUGUUUAUCUGAAACUUAUUGCAGAGAUAAUAUACAGAUGUUGUUCAAUAUAAUGAAGUAAAAGUAUAUAUUUAUAUAGAUCUCCUCUUGUUGAUUAGGUUAUGAAGAAUAAUGUAAUUAUCAGUAUUGGUGAUUUAUUACAUAGAUGGCCUAAUACAAUUUAAAAGUUCCAUAAAUAAAUAUACUCAAAUUUAUCUGAUACUAGUGCUGCUGUUCGAAGAGUAACAUUACUUGUUUUGACUCAUUUGAUAUUAAAUGAUAUGGUGAAAAGUAAAACUUCAUUAUCUCAUAUUCCUAUAUUAUUAAAUGAUCCUCAUCCUUAAAUACCAGCUAUGGCAAGAUACUUUUUGAAUGAAUUAUAAAAAAAGGAAUAAAGAGCAAUAACUAAUGCAAUUCCUGAUAUAAUUUUAAAUGUACAAGAUUAAAAUGAAAAUGUUCUAUCAUAAAUAUCUUAAUAUAUUGAUAAAUCAUAAGUUGAAUCUAUAGUUGAUAAAUUGAUUACUAUAUUAGGAACUAGUACAAGUAAUUAAUAAAUUAUACAAAUAUUUAGAUUAAUACGAGAUAAAGAAUAUAUCAAUACUAUUUAAUCAUUUAAAUUUAACCUAAAAUUCUUUAUAAAAACUAUUAGAUGGUUGGGAAGAAUACAGAGAGAAAUUAGGAGAUCAAUUUGUGUUCAAUUAAUUUAUUAAUUUAAUUAAGAAGGUAGUAUUUUAUUUAAUAUAUAAUAUAGAUGAAAAGAACUUUACCUUAAGAUGCCAAACCUUUAAUUGAAGAGUAUGAAAUGAAAGUAGAACAUCAUGACAAAGAAACAUUUGAAAAUAGAAGAAGAGAAAAAAUAUCCAAAAAAAAGAAUGUUAAAUAAACAUAAAAUGAAAAUAAUAAUGAUAAAGAAUAAAAAGAAAAUAAAGGAGGAAAUAAACAAUAAUAAUAAUAAUAAUAAUAAAAAAAGAAAUCAAAAAAGAAAAAAGAGGAUGAUUUCAUGGAAUUAGAAUCAGAUUCAGAAGAUAUUAGUUAAGAGUCAUUAGUUAUUAAGAAAUAAACAAGUCAAAGAAGAAAAAAAAAUUUAACAAAAAAUGAAGAUGAAUGAU